AUGAAUGAUCUUCCUCCAAUUGCUAAUUUAAUCAGCAAUAUUCUAUUUGUUUUGCUGAUUAUCACAUUCCUUUAUGCAUUGUGCUCGAGGUUCGUUUCAGAUAAAACACUUUAUGACUAUACAAUUUUACCAACUAAUGAUCCCGAAAAGAUCAACUAUUAUAUUGAACCAUCUCCAUCUCCAAAAGAGAAAAUACCAUUUCCUACAGUAUUUUCUCCCUCAGAAGUUUACACUACAUUCGUUGUUCCAGCUUACAACGAAUCAAAGCGUAUUACACCAAUGCUCGAUGAAACAGUUGCAUAUUUGGAGCGUAGAGCAAGUGAAAAUCCAGAAUUUACCUGGGAAAUCAUUGUUGUUAAUGAUGGAUCGAAAGAUAACACAGCAGAAAUCGUUACGAACUAUGCAUUCAAGCACCCACAAAUACGCCUUCUCAACCAACCAAAGAACAUGGGCAAAGGAGCUGCUGUUCAAGCCGGUUGUUUACAUUCUCGCGGAGAAUUGAUUUUAAUGGUCGAUGCCGACGGCGCUACAAAGAUUGAUGAGUUCGAAGAGCUCGAGAAGAAGAUCAAAAGCCUCACAACUAUCAAUAAAGAAGCAAUUGUCGUUGGAUCAAGAGCUCAUUUGGAAGGAGCAGAAAAAGCGAACAGAACACCAUUACGAAAAUUCCUUGGUCUCGGAUUCCACAUGUUAAUUACAAUUGCAGGAGUCCACGGAAUAAAGGAUACUCAAUGCGGAUUCAAAUUGUUCACUCGCGAGGCUGCCAGGUGGCUAUUUCCAAAUCAGCAUGUACAAAGAUGGUGCUUCGACCCAGAAUUACUCGUUAUUGCUCAGUCAAGGCAAAUGGAAGUCGCAGAAGUUCCAGUCGAAUGGAAUGAGAUCGGUGACAGCAAAAUGAAGAUUUCUGGUAUGAUAAAGAUGGCUAUUGACCUCGUACAGAUCGCAAUUUACUUCAGAGCUGGCCUUUGGACAGUUAAAGACAAAGCUGAUACUCCUAUUUCAGAUUUUGAAGUUUAA